AACUUAUUGUGUGAACAUUUCAUACCACAGUGUUUAACAUAUAAACACACAAGGCUGAGGGUCACUGUGGUAGACAGUAGGGAAACACACUGAGGUCAGAUAUAAUACACAUAUUACACACAUUAUGUACAUUCACCUGCUGUCUCUCAGGCUGUGGCACUUCCACACGUAUCUCGCAGCCAGUGCUGCUAUCUGUCCCUCUCCUAGUACUAUCUUUAUUUGUUCUGUUUCACUAAUGGCUGUAAAGUUCUUUAUUAAGUUGGUGAGUUUGUUGAAGUAGAGGUUUCUUAUGGAUAUAUAUUUAUGACAGUGAAUGAGGAAGUGCGUUUCUGUCUCGAUCUCUCCUGUCUCACAUUGAGCACACACUCUAUCUAUCUAUCUUAUUUUAUUUUAUUUAUUUUUUUCUGUUUUUAUAUUAUCUAAACACUUGUGAAUAUCAGCAGAUGUAAAUCUUGUUUGCUUACUGUUUACUGGAUACAUUCGACUGUUUUUCCCCCAUAACAACUAAGCACAAGAAAGAACCGGUUUAUUUUAAUAUGUGCCCAAAGAAAUUGUAAAGGUUAAUCAUCUAAAACUAUUGCAUGUGAGCAUUUAUUUACUUCAUUAUCAAAAAGUUAUAAAAACAGCAACGUUAUAUAAAAUAAAAAGUUAUAUUUUAUUCGCAACAACAAUAGUAUUUAAAAUAUACGUGUCUAAAAAACAAACAGGCAAAUUCCGAGGGCACAAGUAAAGGGGCCUUUCUAGGGUCUUGAACGUGGCAGGCAGUCAUUAUACACAAAUAUGGCGGCCAGAUGAGAAAGUAAAGUGACAUUCCGCGUGUGUGUGUUGAAAAAUACCAUUUUAUCCUACAUAUAUUUGGUUUUGAUGAAACCGAUUUGCAAUUUAGUUGCAAGUAACUUUAUGGGCAACUGAGAAUGGCUGCGUGGGCUGGAUUUUCAGAGGAAGAACUGCGAAGAAUGAAACACAACGGCGAAGUCGUAAACCAGGCUGUGUCUGUCACAUUGGGUCGUGGCCGGAAAGCCGCUCCGACUAACCGGAGCAGACAGCAGCUGCAGCGGGAAAGGGCUCUGCAGCUGGCAGCCAAACAGAAGGAGGACAGCCACUCUCUUCCACCCGACCAACAGCUUACCAAGCCCCCAGACCCGCCUGCUGUCAGUUACCCCACUCCUGUCAAACCACGGGACGAGCCCAAACCGCUGGAGUCGCAACUGGUUGAACAUGAAGCAGAACCUCUUCAACAUGACCCAAAAUCACCUGCAGAGUCUGCACCACCAGCAGUCAUCAAGGAGCUGGACAAACAGGAAGUGGAAUUGCGGGAGAAGAACCGUCUGCAACAGUUGCAGUGGGAGCAACGGAUAAUGGAAGAGAAGAAUAAAAAAAGAAAAGCUCUCCUUGCAAAAACCAUUGCUGAAAAGUCCAAACAGACACAGGCUGAAGCUGUGAAACUGAAGAAGAUCCAGAGAGAACUUCAGUUACUAGAUGAUUCUGUGUCCAGCGACAUCGGGAUUCUUAGAAAGCUGAUAGAGCAAUCAAGCAUGGAUUAUUCCCUGGCAUGGAAGCGCUUUGAGAAAGCUGAGACUGAGUAUGUUGCUGCUAAGAUGGACUUGCACAGGAAAACGGAGGUGAAAGAGCAGCUGACAGAGCACCUGUGUGCAAUCAUCCAACAGAAUGAGCUGCGCAAGGCCUGCAAACUGGAGGAAUUGAUGAUUCAGCUAGAGCUUAAUGCUGAGGACGUCCCCAUCCCAGAGGAAACAGAUCUAGAGGACAAGGAGAGGGAGGCUAACUCCCAGCCCAUUACUGAAAACGGUCCUGCAGCAGACACGGAGGGGCGUACAGAGGUGGAUGGCUCAAGUAUGAGCAAAGACAGUUCCAUUACAGAACCAACGAUCAGCCAAGACAAUCAGGAGAGCAAAGCAACAGAUGUUUCUACAGAUGGGCUAAGCUAGCUUCCAAACAUCGUCAAUUUAAUAGAGGCUGUAUGACGGUUUACAUAACACUUGCUACCAGCUUUAGAAAUUGUGAGUGUUGAACAAACCAACAAUCCUGCAUUCUGUGAUGAUAAAAGGCAGCCUCAGUCUGAUAUUGGUGUCAAGUUUCCAAAUACUGUGAGCGUUAUUCCAUUACUACUAGCAUUAAAAAUGCCUUAACAUUACAGGGCUGAAAUAUUGAUUAUGAUCUGUUAAGCUCGGUUUUUGGUUUUAAUUGAGGGUGAUACGUGAUCCUAAAUGUGGCAGUUAAAAUAGUGCUAUGUAUUUUAUUGUGGUUCCUUUGGAUGUCAGUCAUUUGUACAAUUUAAUCUGUCUUCCAUUAAGUAAAUGGAGUACGAAUCUCUUGAAAACAUUGUGCAUCUUAAAAACACUAGAACUAUAAAAGACUAAAUACUGUUAACUUGAUUGUUUUAUAACUUUGACAUUAUUCAAAAUGGAAUAAUGGCAAAUGGCUUGGUGGUGGUUUGUAGUUGUGAUUUAUUUCACAUGAUGUUGCACAAGUGAAUGGUGGAAUCUUUUAUCUGUAUAUGGCUUGUCUCAUAAAAAAUAACUUGAUGUGAAUGUUAACAAAUCAAUAACAGCAGGGGUUUUUUGUCAUACAAAGCUGACAGUUUGUUCAGCAGAUAUGAGAACAAUUGACUUAUACUGUAGAGGAAAAAACUGUUGGAGUGUGGGAAGUUGAAUGGCAGUUUUUAUUUUUUAAAUGUAUAUAAUUUAUACUUUUCUAAUAAAACUCUGAUAAACCAUGCAGAGCUUUACACCAACACUAAAAACAUUUAACACUGUGUAACAGUAGGUUAUAUCUUAUUAUUCAAAGAAGUUUUGAGUAUAUUAUAUAUAUAUAUAUAUAUAUAUAUCAUGCC